AUGAAGGUCGUCGACGUAGCCUCGUUGAAACACAUACCAGGUCCUUGGGGCAAACCUAGUUCCCUAACUACCAAAGAUGGGACCCUUCUAGUCUUUGAGUCUCGCUCAGGCUACACUGGAAUGAUCAUUUUCGCCAAAUUGAACACAAACGGAUCCGGCUCAGAAGAUGAUGGUAUUGGAACUGCUUGGGGUUUAUGA